ACGGUCCACAUGUUGAGAAUAAGGUUCUCCAGAAGAUCGGACGGUUCAGAAUAAGCAUUUAUUGGGUCCGUUCGAUUUGGAGAUUUCCCCUCCAAGCCCAUUCCUCUACGUACAAGCACGGGUUUCAAGCACCCGAAGCCUAACAUAAAGCGUGUAGAAGACGAAGGCUCAAAGCAGCCUUCUCCAUCCCUGCGCUUCGCGAUACUGCUUGCUCCUACGCGUGCAGGUGCAGACUGGUUAUCACGACGGAAGCAGGUCGCUUAGCUCGCGAAGAUACCGUAUCGCAUAACACAAGUUUCCAUGCGUUGAACUCCUAUUUUCCCUUUUCCGUCGUUCCUACUUCCGUUUCCGAUCGGUCACACCACAGGCUAAGUAAUUCUUCACGCAACCUCUACGCGCUUAUUCAUUCAUUUUUUUUGUACCUAGCCCGCUCGAGACCGUCUUCGUGACGCCAAGAACCUCCGCGUAUAAGCUUCGUAAGCUUCGACGUCUUAACUCCUGACACCCAGCAAACGAUCCACCCAGUUCACUCAAACGCCAUCGAAUCGCCUCGUUUACUCCAAGGCGGCAUCGCGUUUCUCACUCCGCCUCGCCAUGUCUCCCAUGUUCGUUCGAAGCGCCUCUACCGUCGUCUCUACCUCCAGUCCAGCCACUCGUGUCACGCCACGUGUCCUUUCCCUGGUUGACGCAACUUCCGGAAGGAGCAUACCUUCCGCCGUUUUUGCCCAGCCAAUCAAUCAUAGUAGUAGGGGCGCUCCUCGGCCUGUCGUCCGUCCAAGCCGCCGCCGUUUGAUCAGGCGGCCUGCCAUCAGAAUACCCAGCUCCCGCCGGUCGUUUUCCGGAGACAUCGGACCGGUUUGCUGCCAUGAUCACCGUUCCGUUGACGGCGCUACAGCGAGCAGAAAUAUUGCCACAAGAAGUCCUACCACUGGCGCCACUAGCGGCUCCGAGGUAGCUAAAGCCAUGGUGGUGUUUGCUAAUAAAGAAGGCACAGGCAUUGAAAGCCGAGAAGCGCUGGAUAUGACGGUCAUUCUGACAGAAGCCGCGGCGGCGCCAUCCAGUGCCAUCACUGAUGGGCCGAAAUGGCCGUCGGACGGGCCGCAGAGGGUCGCAUCGGCGAGCGACUCCGGCUCCAGCUCCGACUCGCCGUCGGAGAGGGAGAAAGUCGCGUCGAGUGACUCCGACUCCGGCUCGCCGCACAUCUUCCUCGCCGCGGCCGUCGCAGCCGCCGCAGCGAGCGUCGCUCUCGUCGGCUUCUCCGGGGAUGGCGCCGCGAUGCCGCCGUCCCCAGGUACCACCGCGCUGACGCUGGCGCCAGCACUCGUCAGCAGCACGCGCCUCCCAUCCUUUGCGCCGGACCAACCCGGGGGGCUGAUUGGCCUCACCGCACCUCCCCUGGCCGGCUCGCUGCCCGAAGCGGAAAAGACGGCGCUCGAAACUGCGGGGAGCACGGGAACUGCGAUGGCUUCAGCUUCCGUGAGAGUGAACAGUACUACUGUUAGCUCUACUGAUAGUAUCAGUUCGAACAGUAGUAGCCAGGGUACUGUUAGUAACGGAGCGAAGCUCGCACGGAAAGCACUGGCGGAAACUGCGGGUGACGGGGGCGGCCAAGGGGCGCAUGAUUCCCGGAAGCGUGGGGGUUUCGCGCACCGUCCGGCGGUGAAAGCGCCGGUUCUUUCGACUCGGAGGUUGGGCCAGCAGCGUCGGAUGGGCGGGGGUCCUUCUGGCUGGAAGCAGCAGCGCGCCGAUGACGCCAUUGGGAGGAAGCGUCGCUCCGCCUUCAUCGCCGGCGAUUCCUCCUCGCAGUCCGCCGCCUCUCACCGCGAUUCCCCCCUCGCAUCCGCUUCCCCCUCCACAUCUGCGCCGAUCCCCGCGCCAGCAGCGCAAGCGAACACACCGGCGGUCUCACCGCCAGCAGUCGCGCCUGCAACAGCGUCAGCCGACGUGUCAGCGGCUGCGGCCGUGCCAGGAGCGGCAGCAGCGCGCGCAGCAUCGCUCCCCGCAUAUGGCGUCAACCUCGCCGUCCUACGGGCGUCUCUGGGAGCGGCGUUCAAACUGUGCUCCGUGUGCGCCUUCAUCGUGUGGCUCAUGAAGGCCAACCUCCUCCCUAAGUCCACGCCCGCCGUGCUCAGCCAGGUGGCCUUUCGGCUCAUGAUCCCCGCCUUCCUCAUGACCAAGGUCGCUGCCACCCUCUCCGUGCAGCCCCUUGCCUCCCUCGCCGGCCUGCCCCUCAUCGCCAUCCUGCAGAUCAUCUGUGGAGCAAUCCUCGGGAAACUUGCCUGCGCUGUCACCUACGACUGUCCCUCCUCCCUUCCCAUCCUCGCCUCCCCCACUGGCUCUCUGCAAGAUACUGCUAUGACAGGGUGGGAAACUUUGUCCUCAUCUGGGGCGGUUAGGGCGGCAGAGAGGAUGGGAGAGAGGAGUGAGGAGGUGGGGGAGAGGAGGGAGGCGGUGCUGAUGGCGGCGUGUGCGUUUGGCAACUCCAUAGCGCUCCCUCUAGUGUUCCUCACUGCACUGCUCACUGACGCGGAUGCCGACAGGGCUGCUGGUUACUUGGCGCUGUUCAUGGUCGGCUGGUCGCCCACCUUCUGGACGUACGGCUACAACCUCUUCACAGGGGGGGACGCCGCGCAAGGGGAGGGGCAAGCGGGGGGCAGCACGGCAGCAGCACAAGGUGGCAGCGCAGUGGGUGUGACUGUAACGGGGUUCAACCGCGCUGUGGAUUCUGCCAAGGAGGUGGCAAAGAAUAUCUUCAACCCGCCUAUUUACGGGGUCUUAGCCGGUCUUGUGGUGGGCGCCACACCUAUGGGGCACUUCUUCCUUCCCGUCCCCUCCACUGCGUCAGCCUCAGCAGCAACCGUUGCAGUAGACGCAGCAGCAUCAGCAGCCGAAGCAGCAGCAGCAGUAAUAGUGUCACCAGCAAUAGGCCCCGUUUCUUCUCUUGCUGCAUCUGGCUCAGUAGCAGCAGCAGCAUCGGCAGCAACAGUAUCAGCAGACGCGGCUCUCCUCACCAACCUAGACGCCCCUCCUCCUCUCUCCCUCCUCUCGCCUCUCACCACCGACCUCUCAGCGUUUCUCUUCAGUCCCGGCACUGCUGGCGUUCUGCACCCUGUCAUGGAGGCGGCAGCCAUAGUGGGGUCGGCCUGUGUGGCCGUGCAAGCAGUGGUUCUCGCCUCCUCCCUCGCCUCGGCCAUCCCCUCCCGCAUACCCCUCCCCUCGCUCCGCUGGCCCAUAGCCUUCCCAUCAACCUCCUCUCUUCCCGCCAUCAAUACAAGCAUGUCUUCUUCUGGCAGCAUGAGCAGAACUAGCCAACCGCUUUCCUCCGCGUGCUCCUCCACUUCUCCCGCCUCUGCUGCAGCAGCAGCUGCUGUGUCGUCCGCCUUGGGUCACCUGCUGCUUGCACCAAGAGACUGUGCCCAGCAAGUCACUGGCCUGAUCCCUGUCCCUGUGCAAGCCGCAACCCCCUCCUCGCUUGCCCUUCUCAGCUCCUACCAAUUGCCACCCCUUUCUGGCAUCGGCUCGAGACAAACCAGAGGGGAGCCACCUAUUGCUGCGCAGGCAACAGCAGCAACAGCAGCAGCGAUGGCAGUGACAGAAAUAGGAGCUGCAGCAUCACCGAUGGAGAUUGCAGCAACAGGAGCAACGGCAGGAGUGGUGUUCCAAAACCCUGGUACCAGCAGCAGCAGCAGCAGCUGGGGCGGUGGUGGUGGUGGCGGCAGCAGCGCUGCUGAAGGGGUAGGGAGAAGCUCUUUGCCUGUAGCAAUCCCUGCUGAGCCUGCACUGUUGGAUGGCAAGGCGCUGUGGAUGGUGUCCACUGUGCGGCUGGUGCUGAUGCCAGGGAUGGCCAUGAUGGGAGUGAUGGGACUAUACAACGCCAAUUUCAUUCCACAAGACCCCGUCUGCGCGCUCAUGCUCAUGAUCCAAGCCGCCAUGCCAUCAGCACAGAACCUGGUGCUGAUGGCACAGCUGAGCCCCGCCACAAGGCCACUGGCAGGGGUGCUGGCAUCCAUGAUGCUGCGACAGUACGCCUUAUCCAUGGUCCCUAUCACUGUGUGGAUUACCGUCUUCCUCUCCCAGCUCGACAUCUCACUCCGGUGACACUUAGGGUUCGCAACAUCUCUCUUUGGUGACACUCAUUGCCUGCAGCGACAAUAAAGGGAGCAGAAGAGAAUAAACCUCCAACGAAAUCUUAAAAGGCUGCCACCAGGAGGAAGAAGUGGUAACUUUCAGAGAGAGUAUAGCUUAGGUGUAACCCUGUACCCAGGUGUAUAUAGUGAAGUUUCGAGGCUUUACGUAACUGUUACGGCAGCAGCAAGGGGAUCCCUGUAAAGUUGAAACCGCCCAUUUUAGGGCGUAUUUCUACGAAGUAGGCUCUAAACCAAAGUAGGAUCUAACCAAAGCUGAUCCUG